UUCGACUUAGAGCAUUUGCCGCGAGAGCGCGUCCGCGCCAUCGCCGUCGCCGUCGUCCCGUCGUCCGCGUCCGGAGUCUGUAGUCAACAUGGUGGCUUUGUGUCAAUUUUCGUAGCGGUGUUUUUCUCACAAUCCCUUGUAAACGCUGACGUUUCUCUCGCCGACAGUCGUUAUCGAUGUGAGUUGGUCUGCUACUCGACUAGAUUUCUACCACUAUGUUUAAUAAGAAAAAGAAGAGGCCUCAAAUAUCGCCUCCCACAAACUUUGAACAUAGGGUACAUACAGGAUUUGAUAAACGAGAAGGCCGUUAUGUUGGUUUACCAUUGCAAUGGGCCAGUAUAGUUGGAAACAAUCAAAUUUUGAAAAGUAGCAACCGUCCCUUGCCUUUGGUUGAUCCAUCAGAAAUCACACCAACUGAAAUUCUUGACCUAAAGACUAUUGUAAGAGGUGGAGACUACUCUCGUCCACCAAGUGUUAUAAGAGGGAACUUAGAAAAUGGAAAUGCUAAUGGGAUUGCAUUACCUAAAACAUCUAGUGUGGCUAGGUCAAAUUCUCUUCGUUCAUCAAGCCCUCCACGACUAAGGAGAGACUAUCGCACUAAUGCCAAUGUGCCACCUGCUGUGCCUGAAAAUGAAGUUAUGAUGAGUCCUGGAAGUGGAUCCCAAGGUCCACUUCCUCCACACAUGGAACAACCUUAUCCUUUGCCUGCUCAUCGCCAAGAUAACCGGCCUAUGAACUAUUUGAAACCUGGACCCACACCAGAAUGGGGCCCUGCAGAACACAAGAGACCAUUGUCUGAAGUGGAUUACCGAGGCAUGCCACCAUACUUACAAAAUCACCAGACCAAUGGGAACAUCCCUCCUCAGUUGCAUGUUUGCAAAUGUCAAUACCUGAGGAUGCACAUGUCACAUGGCAAUAUCAAUGCUGCUCCCAUACAAGACGGUGGCUAUCCGUCAAACUAUGCCAGCCAGCAGGCUCCUCCAAGACCACCUCAUCAUCAUCCUGGUUCAUAUCAGCAUCAAAACCCUGUCAAUCCCAUGCAUGGUGGUAUGCAUCCUGGUCAACAACUACCUAACCAACCACAGAGACCGCUCUCUCAGAACAUGGGCCCUCUUCAUGUCCAGGCUCCAGCCAAUGUCAAUAAGAUGAUUAUGUCUAAUGAAACACAGAGAAUGCAGCCCCAUCCAUCACCCGAUCAAAACCAGAAUGUGAAGCCAGGAGCUAACAAUGCAGUUUCCAGUGGUAACUUAAACGCUGGCUCCAAUAAUGCUCCAAACGCCGGAAUACAAACAUCUGCUGCUGCUGCGGCCGCUGCUGCAGCCGCCGCCGCUGCAGCAAAUAAACAACACCAUGAACAAUUACGCCUCACCCAUGAGCAGUUCCGCGCUGCCCUGCAAAUGGUUGUUAGUCCUGGUGAUCCACGCGACCAUCUUGAGCAGCUCAUGAAGAUUGGAGAGGGCUCUACAGGAACUGUGUGUAUAGCAGCAGAUCGCAACACAGGUCGACAGGUUGCUGUGAAAAAAAUGGAUCUCCGAAAGCAACAGAGGCGAGAGUUGUUGUUUAAUGAGGUUGUAAUCAUGAGAGACUACCACCAUCCAAAUAUUGUGGAGAUGUAUGACAGCUUUUUAGUUAAUGAUGAACUUUGGGUAGUCAUGGAGUUCUUAGAGGGUGGUGCUCUAACAGACAUUGUAACUCAUGCAAGAAUGGAUGAAGCUCAGAUUGCUACAGUUUGUCGUCAAUGCCUAAAAGCUCUUGCUUAUCUACACUCUCAAGGUGUUAUCCACAGAGACAUUAAGAGUGAUUCUAUUCUCCUUGCUGCUGAUGGAAGGGUGAAGCUGUCUGAUUUUGGGUUCUGUGCCCAAGUUUCUCAAGAGUUACCAAAGAGAAAAUCACUUGUAGGAACACCAUACUGGAUGUCCCCAGAGCUUAUAUCACGACUUCCAUAUGGCCCUGAAGUUGAUAUUUGGUCAUUAGGUAUUAUGGUAAUUGAAAUGGUUGAUGGAGAACCUCCAUUCUUCAAUGAACCACCACUCCAAGCGAUGCGGCGAAUAAGAGAUAUGCCCCCUCCAAAGCUGAAAAAUACUCACAAGGUAUCACCACGUCUUCAAGGAUUCCUUGAGCGUAUGUUGGUUCGUGACCCAGCUCAGAGAGCCACUGCAACAGAAUUACUUCAGCAUCCAUUCCUACGGCAAGCUGGUGCUCCAGCACUUCUUGUUCCUCUAAUGCGUGGCUCACGUAACAGCAACUGCUGAACAGUAUUAAUCUAAAUGAAAAGAUUGUCUAGUGGCUUCAAGAGAUUUGAAUUGAUCACCAGUGCCUUUACUUCUAUUUUACAUCUACGACUUUGUGUGUUUGCUCACAUUCCAUUGAAAGAAAUAUUAUUUCUUCAAUCAACACAAAGAUCAACCAGAAGCCUUGUUUAGUGUAUAUUAGAGGAAUUUUUAAGGUAAUUUCUGGUAGAUGCAGUCAUGUCAUGUACACAGCUCAUGUGUAUAUUUUACUCUGUCAAAUAAUUCCUCAUCAUUUAACUUUUAGAGGAGGGUGUACUGCUUUAGAGACAAAUCUCAUAUCCAUUUGUUAGAAUGGAAGACAUAUGUAUAUUAUAUAACAUAGGACUCACUCUGCUAUAGAGUAAGCAUUCCAAAUAACAUCUGACCAAUUAGAGCAUAUAAGCUCCUGUUGUAAUUUACCCUUGUUUGCUCUCAACCAUCUGCUGUUGCUUCACUUUCGUUUGUAAUAUGUCAUUUAGCUGCAUUCAAGUCAGUUUUAAUGAUUUUUUUUUAAAUUCUUUAGAGGUGGUUUUUACUAGGCUCCUCAUUAUGUUAUAUGACAACUCGUUCCUCUUUUGAUUGAUUGAGAAGAGAUGGCAUAAUGGAGUUAACAAGUACCAAGCAGUAAACCUUUAAUUCUUUGUAAUCUCCAGUAUUUUUUACCCUCAUGCUAAUAUUUUUAGUGUGUUUAUGUGUAUUUAUAUGUAUAUAAAAGUUAUUGGUCAUUGUGCAUUUUGUGAAUAUGUUUGACUAGUUGCUAUGUGAUAGUGAUGGAUAAUACCGUAUUGGUGAUUUUUUAGAAAAUUUCUUUUACACGUUUUGUGCCUUUAGCGUUUUGCUGAGGGAUUGGGAAUGAGCUUUAAAAUUCUGUCAUUGUAAUUUUUGACAAUUUUAUCUUGAAUAAUUUUGUAAAAUUGAGAUUGAACCUCACUUUGUUAUAGCAUUGGACUUCCAUUUUUAUGGCAAUACCUAAAACAUGCUAUUUUAGAUACUUACCUUGUUGCCUUGUUAUGUUGUAUGUGUAAUAACUAUACUGUAACUUGUAUUGUUUGGGAUUAAUUCAUUCUUGCUAUAUGUUAAUUUUAUUGUUUUAUGUUGUGCUUUCUACUUAAAAUUUGGAACGAUUCAUUGUAUUACUUCCAACUGAAGUAGAAGCCAAAUCAUGUUGAACCAGUAUUAUUCUAUUGAUUGAUUAAUUGAUUGAUUGCUAUAGGACUUUUUAUUUUGCGCCUUAUUUGGAUUCUGUAGCAUUCCUUUAUUUUCACUUGUAUUGUUUGGCUUGCCUUUUUUCUCAAGACUCCAUCAAGCCUCAUCUUUUCCAUUAUUAUCAUUCCAUUUUCUUAGAUGUAAAUGAGUUGUGUGAAAUAGUUAUAUAGUGUUAUUUCUGAGUCAGUUUUGAAUCCACUGCAUAUAGUCAGUUAUAGUCAUGUGUCAAAUGAAUGAAAUCAGCACGUGUCAUCAUUCCACAUCCAUUAUAAUCUCAACCACCAAUAGUGCUCAAAACUUGGCUCUCCCGGAAUUGCAGCCAACUAGGAAGAGGUUGUCAUACCUCCUGAAAUAUUCUGGGUAUCUCAGGUGGUGGAUUUUAUUCCCAAUUUAGUCAGAGAGACCAAUUAAUUACAAUACAUGUUUUAUAUUUUUGUAGUUUGUUCGUCAAUUGUAGAAGUUGAAGUAGUAGUAGUAAUUUAUUUUGCACCAUCUGAACAAAUAAUUAGAGCCUUUUGGACUCCAUUGAUUAAGUGCCCUAUUCUUUGUGCCUUAGUCUGACAGACUCAAGAUCUUAUUUUAAGAUCUGUCAGAUUUUUACUCCACUAUUUUUUAUAUCUAAACUUUUUGACUACUUUUGAGCCUAAGAAAAAGGUGUAACUGUUCUUAUAUACUUGGCGAUAUUUUUGAGUUUGGAACAGUUUUUUUUUUUUCCAUUUAUGCAUAUUACUAUGAUUUUAUCCCUCUGAUAUAUCAUAACUUGUAAUUCAUACUCAACCAAAAUAAUGUCUUGUGUGAUACCUGUUGUCACUUAUUUAUUUGAAUCAAUUUGAGUAUGCACUUUACCUUGCCUUCAUUAUAUGUCACUCUUUCUUUGUGGCUAGUUGACAAAUGGAAGUGGAAUGUUAACCAUUUCAAUUGCCUAACUAGAACUUGCCAUCAGUACUCCCAGCAUAAUUCUAAAGACCAGGAAAAAAUCAUGUUGUAGUUUAAUGUUUUUGAGAUCUGUAUGUAAAUAUUGUAUUGUAACUCAUCAUUUCUGUUAUGUUGUAUUCCCUUAGCAUCCUUUCAUUUCAUCCAAAACUUUUUCUUUGAGUGCAAUAUCUUUCAUCAUGAAAGUUUUUGACCUUUGCUUAGGUUUUAGGUUUUUUAGUUAAGAGUGUCUGACUGUUUGCUAUUCAAAGUCUUAAACAGCAAUAGUGAAACUACUAAUACAAGAAAAAAUCUCAAAGCAAUAAGUGCCCUUUUCCUUGGACCAUUGUAGUAUUUAUCUCCAGCUUUUGUAUGAAAUGUACUUAGACCUUGUGAUCAAAGCAUUAAAAGUGUAUUUUGACUGUU